UCAGAGAGACUGAGGGAAGAAGUGUUUUCCAAACACCAGGACAGUCUUUCCUGGCUUCCCGUCUUGCCCUGUGCUGCUGUUAAUACCCCUUUCCCAGGGGACUCUGGGAAAUGCAGGUUCGGGGCCUGGGUAGCAGCUGCCACCCUCCGUCCUCCUGCAGGCUGGUACCUGCUCUGAGUGUGUGUCCCAGGCUGUGCGCUCAGACUUGACCAUGUUUGGGCAUGGAGGCUAAUCCCAGAUGGGGACCAAAGGCCGCUUCCCUGGAAACAGAGACGGCUGGCAGCCCCAGCUUCCUGCUGGAGCUCAGGCGGCCGCUUUUUGGGGCGGGGGCUGGGGGCCGGGCAGAUAGAAAGUGCCUGCCUGCUGAAGACUCCAGGGAGCCGGGAGACUCAAUGACUGCUGUCCCCAGCGGACAUGGGGAAGAAGCUGGUGAUGGCCCAGAAGCGGGGAGAGACUCGAGCCCUUUGCCUGGGCGUGGCCAUGGUGGUGUGUGCCGUCAUCGCCUACUACAUUCUCUGCACGACCAUGCUGCCCCUCUACCAGAAAAGUGUGUGGACCCAGGAAUCCACGUGCCACCUGAUUGAGACCAACAUCAGGGACCAGGAUGAGCUGGAGGGCAGGAAGGUGGCCCAGUACCCGUGCCUGUGGGUCAACGUGUCCGCCGUGGGCCGCUGGGCCGUGCUGUACCACACGGAGGACACUUGGGACCAGAACCAGCAGUGCUCCUACAUCCCAAGCAGCCUGGACAACUACCAGCUGGCCCGGGCCGACGUGGAGAAAGUCAGAGACAAUUUCCACGAGCACCGGGUUUUCUACUGCCUCUCGACCACGCGGGAGAAUGAGACCAGGGUCCUGUACCGGCGCCUCUACGGGCCCCAGACCCUCCUGUUCUCUCUCUUCUGGCCCACCUUCCUGCUGACCGGAGGCCUCCUCAUCAUCGUCAUGGUGAAGAUCAACCAGUCCCUCUCCAUCCUGGCGGCUCAGAAGUAGACCCGUGCACGUCACAACACUGGCCAGGUUGCAGGAGGCUGGGGGGGCCCUGGGCUGUACCCCGUUUGUGUAUCCAUGUCUCUUCCCUCUGCCUUCCCACCCUCCCUCCCAAUCCACCCAGUCAGUCUUCCACAGCACGCGUGGCCUCUGUUAAGUCCUUUCCUGCUCAAGAAUGGACAAUGGCUCCCCAGUGCCUCGGGGAGCACAGGCCAGCCACUUACAGCUCUCCAUUCCCUGCCCCGCCUCCAUGGACUCCAACCCAUUUCUGGCUGAGCCACCCGCCACCCCACAGAUGAUGACGGUUCUGACCUCUGCGCCAUGUUCUCGCCGCUGACUCAAAGGCCUGCCCGUGCUGUCCAAAACGCUGUCCUCAGCAAACCCCGCUCCUUUGUGAAUUUCAUAAUGAAAACAGCGGCGGGUGCAGAGAGCACAGUUAGAGCCGCUCUUGUCUUCAGGACUCUAAGUGCCUUACACAUUUUCACUCUAAUGUUAGCAAGCACACAAAGAACAAUGGGGCUACAAGGAAAUAUACGAAAAUGCAUCAAAAUACUGACAGUGAGGUGGUGGUUACUGUGAACUUUCUUCCUUUAUCCCCCCUUUUUAAUGUUUGGUACUUUUCUAAGUUUUCAGCAAUAGGAAGGUUUGGUUUUGUUGUUUCUUUCUAACCAGAAAAGCAACAGUACGUGUUAUUUGGGGGAAAGUUUGAGCCUCCAUCACUAAGCAGGUGAAGUGGGCCGAGGCGGGAUUGGGCCCCCAUCAGAGGAGGCUCCCGAGAACAGGCAAGCGUAAGGGCCCUCCAUG